GAACCCGUAUGCAGAAUACAAGAAAAAUUUCAGUUGCAGACUCUGUUCAAAAAAGGUGAUAUUAUGUUAGGUGGUAUUUUUGAAGUGAGCUAUAAAAAUAUACCACCUGAUUUUUCCUUUACCUCUAAGCCCGGGGUAUGGAAGUGUGAUAGCCUAGAUUUUGAAGUAUUUCAGUGGGCACAUACAAUGAUGUUUGCCAUUGAAGAAAUAAACAAGGAUCAGAGCCUUCUUCCCAACAUAACACUGGGGUACUGGAUAUAUGACAAUUGCAUACACCUUCAGGUUGCCCUCAGAGCUGCAAUAGCACUAAUUGGAGGCCUGGAUGACAAUGUAAUGGAGUACAACUGUAAAGGAUUGCCCCCAGUUGUUGCAGUUGUUGGAGACCCUCGAUCAUCAUAUUCUAUUGCAAUAGAAAGGAUUCUGGGUCUCUUCAGAAUGCCUCUGGUAAGCUAUUAUGCCACAUGCUCUUGUUUAAGUAACAAAAUAGACUAUCCAUCCUUUUUUAGGACGGUUCCCAGUGAUGCCUUCCAAGUUCAAGCUAUGGUACAAAUUAUUAAGCAUUUUGGAUGGACUUGGGUGGGUGUUAUAGGGACUGAUGAUGAAUACGGGCAAUCUGCAGUAAAAAGUUUCCAUGAAGAAAUGAGCUCAUUUGGUUGCAUUGCCUUUACAGAAACUUUUCCCAAAGCUCAAGAAAGGGAAAGGUAUCUUCAGAUAGUCAAUACGAUAAAGAAAUCAACCGCAAAAGUCAUUGUUGUUUUUUCUCCAAGAGCAGACUUAUUAGUCUUGUCUGCAGAGAUCAUUCGGCAAAACGUAACUGGGAGACAGUGGAUUGCCAGUGAGGCAUGGAGCACGUCAAAUAUUUUAGCAACCAAUGAGAACUUUCCAUCAUUUGGUGGGACAAUUGGCAUUGCUAUUCGCAGAGGGGAAAUUCCAGAAUUGGAAAACUUUCUUCUUCAGAUCCAACCAAGUUUUGAUCCAAACAAUAAUUUGCUUCCUCGCUUCUGGGAGACAAUGUUCGGAUGCAAAUUUCAAGACAUUAGCAAACAAAAUGAUUCUGCACUUCCAGUCCCCAAAGUUUGCACAGGAUAUGAAGAUAUAAAUAGCUCUAGGACUGCAUAUACCGAUGUGUCUGAAUCAAGGGCUACAUAUAACGUUUAUAAAGCCGUGUAUGCUUUAGCACAUGCACUCCAUCAAUUAAUGCUCUGUGAAAAUGGAAAAGGGCCCUUUGAAAACAACACUUGUGCUGAUAUCAAAAGUCUGCAACCCUGGCAGUUGAUGCAUUAUUUAAAGAAAGUAAAUUUCACCAAUCGACUCGGAGAAAGAGUGGUGUUUGAUGAAAACGGGGAUGCUCUUGCAAUCUAUGACAUAGUAAACUGGCAAAGAGCUGGUGAUGGCUCAGUGACCAUUAAAACCAUAGGUGUUUAUGACAAAGCAGCAAGUAAAGGACAAGAGGUUUUCCUCAGUGAAAAGGACAUCUUUUGGAACUUUGAUUCUGGAAAGGUUCCCGAGUCUGUCUGCAGCAAAAGUUGCCAACCUGGAACUAGAAAAGCCACCAGGAAAGGACAGCCAGUAUGCUGUUUUGACUGUUUACCGUGUGCAGAUGGAGAAAUUAGCAAAGAAACUGAUUCCAUUGAAUGCUCUCAGUGCUCAUCUGAUUUCUGGUCAAAUCCUUCCAGGACUCAGUGCAUUCUAAAAGAGAUUGAAUUUCUUUCAUAUGAAGAUGCUAUGGGAAUAACACUCACAACAACAGCGAUAUUUGGAAGUUGCCUGUCUGUCAGUGUUUUAAUCGUUUUUAUUUACUAUCGAAAUACUCCAGUUGUAAAAGCCAACAAUUCAGAACUGAGCUUUCUUUUGCUUUUGUCUUUAACACUCUGCUUCCUUUGCUCUCUGUGUUUUAUUGGAGAGCCUUCAAAUGCAACCUGCAUGUUGAGGCAUGUGGUGUUUGGAAUCAGCUUUGUUCUGAGCAUUUCUUGCAUUCUUGUAAAAACAAUUGUUGUCAUUAUGGCAUUUAAGGCCACACUGCCGGGAAAUAAUAUGAUGAAGUGGUUUGGUGCAACACAGCAACGAGGCACAAUCUUCAUGUUUACUUUUAUUCAGUCACUUAUAUGUGUGGUGUGGUUGACCUCAGCCCCUCCCUUUUCCUCUAAAAAUAUUAAACAUCAAAACUCAAAAAUUAUAUUUGAGUGCGAUGUUGGAUCUUUUAUUGGAUUCAGUUGCCUUCUGGGUUACAUUGGUUUAUUGGCUGGCAUCUCUUUCCUAUUGGCUUUUCUUGCAAGAAAUCUUCCAGACACAUUUAAUGAAGCCAAGUUCAUCACUUUCAGCAUGCUCAUCUUCUGUGCUGUCUGGAUAACAUUUAUACCUGCCUAUAUCAGCUCUCCUGGAAAGUACACCGUGGCCGUUGAAAUUUUUGCAAUUCUGGCAUCAAGUUUUGGUCUGCUUGGUGCAAUUUUUGCUCCAAAGUGUUAUAUUAUUCUGCUCAAGCCAGAAAAGAAUACAAAGAAAGCUCUUAUGGGCAGAUAA